AUGGUGGUUAUAAUUGAUAUCAGCACGAAAAGAGAAAUAGUUCAUCGGCUCAGAGGCCACGACGACGAAAUACACUGUCUGGUGUGGUGCCCUGUGCCUGGGGAGGAAAGGUUACCUGCUUGGCAGGAUGAGCUCCAAGUAGUUCCUUCAGAGGAUGGCAGAGUUCCAAAUGGGGAGCAAGACACAGCCACGAAGAAAGGUUGUUACCUGGCUUCAGGAAGCAAAGAUCAGACCAUACGAAUAUGGAGCUGUACUAGAGGCAGAAGUGUCAUGACUUUGAAGUUGCCACCCACAAAGAGAAGAGGUGGAGCUGUUGAUCCUGCUGUUAAGGAGCGAAUUUGGCUGACUCUUCACUGGCCUUCUGGUCGUUCCACAGAAAUUGUGUCCAGCUCUUUUGGAGGAGAAUUGCUACUCUGGGAUUUGACCCAAUCUGGAAAACGCAAGUGGACACUUCUAGGAUCUUCAGAAGGACAAAAUCACUCCCGGAUUGUGUUCAAUCUGAGCUCUGUGAAGCAUCAAGACAAAGAGCUCCUUUUUUCCAUUUCAAUGGACAGAGAUGUGAAGUGCUGGGACCUGUCAACUCUGGAAUGUAGCUGGACCAUGCCCUCACUUGGAGGAUUUGUCUAUAGUCUUGCCUUUUCCCCAGUGGACACAGGGUGUCUUGCCAUUGGUGUUGGAGACAGCAUGAUCCGGGUGUGGAAUACUUUAUCCAUGAAUAAUACUUACGAUGUUAAAACCUUCUGGCAAAGCAUAAAGUCCAAGGUUACAGCAUUAGCCUGGCAUCCAACUAAAGAAGGCUGCUUGGCUUUUGGAACAGAUGAUGGAAAAGUUGGCAUAUUUGACACCUUCUCCACCAGUGCUAAGAAUAAGCCACCUCAGAUCUCCAGUACUUACCACAAGAAGACUGUCUACACAUUAGCCUGGGGGCCUCCAACUCCUCCUUUGUCUUCUGGAGGAGAAGGUGAACAGCCCUCUGUAACUUUAUAUAGUUGUGCUGGAGAAGGUAUUGUUUUUCAACACAACCCCUGGAAGCUUAAUGGAGAGGCAAAUGACAUCAAUAAAGUCAUCCGAGACACUAAUUCAAUCAAACACAAGCUGCCUGCACAUACAGAGAUCAGCUGGAAACCAGAUGGCAAACUCCUGGCUCUUGGCAAUGAAGAUGGCUCCAUUGAGAUAUUUCAGGCCCCAAACUUGAAGUUGCUCUGCACUAUCCAGCAGCACCAUAAAUUGAUCAACGCUAUUCGUUGGCAUCAUGAGCAUGGGAGCCAGCCAGAGCUGAGUUACCUGAUAGCUUCAGGCUCCAUCAAUGCUACUAUUUAUGUGCAUAAUCUGAAGAGUGUCAUAGAGAGCACUUCAGAAAGUCCUUUGACAAUAACAGAGCCUUUUCGAACCCUGGCUGGGCACACAGCUAAAAUCACAAGUCUUUCUUGGAGCCCCCACCAUGAGGGAAGACUGGUAUCUGCUUGCUAUGAUGGCACUGCACAGGUAUGGGAUGUUAUGAAGGAAGAGCCUCUCUGCAACUACCGAGGGCAUGAGGGCCGGCUACUGAGUGUCCAGUGGUCACCAGUGGAUUCAGAUUCUGUUUAUACAGGAGCAGAUGAUUUUUCUGUCCACAAAUGGCACAUCUCAAAGCAGGAGCAUACACGGCCUCCUCAGGGCAAAAAGAGUAUAGAAUUAGAGAAAAAAAGAAAUAUGCAACCAAAAGUCAAAUCCAAGAAGAAGAAGAAGCCUGCAGAAAAGAGUCCAGCCAAGCAGGAUCUAAGUGAUACCAUGAAUGGAGAUGAGAACAUGAAGGAAAUACUACUAGAAGAAAAUGGAGUGUUGGAGCAUGAAGGAAAAAAAGAAGCUCUGGAGACAGAGUUGCCUGAUAAAGUCUCCAUGACUGUGUCCAAGGAUACAUCUCCAUCUGCAUAUGAUCAUUCUUCAUUCAGCUUGCCAAAGCCUUUUUUGACCCAGAAAGCCACUACUGUGAAAAAGGAUCCACCUAAAGAGAAACCAGCUCCUGAUGCCUUUCUGAAGAAGAGGAAGCCUCGUUCUAUGCUACCUUUCAGCACAUUCAUGGAUCACAGAGCAAAAGAUGAAUUGUAUCAGGACUGCUUGAGACUGGCUACAUGUCUAAAAACCAAAGGUGACAAUGAAGAUGUGUCUCCUGACCUCAAGGAUCGCAUCCACUUGGGCUUGUUUGCAGACAGGGCUUCUCUGCACGAGAUGAUUGAUGUGGAAGGAAAAAAUCACUUGGAGAAUGGGCAUCCAGAGCUCUUUCAGCAGCUCAUGUUGUGGAAAGGAGAUAUGAAGGGUGUCCUCCAGGCAGCUGCUGAGAGGGGAGAGCUGACAGACCAGCUGGUAGCAAUGUCACCCAUGGUUGGGUAUCAGGCCUGGCUUUGCACAGUAGAAGCCUUUGCAAAGCAGCUGUGUUUUCAGGAGCAGUAUGUGAAGGCUGCCUCCCAUCUCCUGUCCAUCCAUAAAGUGUACGAGGCUGUCGAGCUCCUGAAAGUGAACCAUUUUUACAGGGAAGCAAUUGUAAUUGCUAAGGCCAGGUUGCGUCCAGAAGAUCCAAUUUUGAAGGAUCUUUACACCAGUUGGGCAGCUCUGCUAGAGAAAGAUGGCCAUUAUUCCAUGGCUGCCAAAUGUUAUUUGGGGGCUUCCUCACCCUACGAUGCCGUUAAGGUGUUGGCAAAAAAGGGGGAUGUGACAUCCCUUAAAACUGCUGCUGAGCUUGCACUGAUAUCUGGAGAGGAGGAGUUGUCAGCAACUUUGUCUUUCAGAUGUGCCCAAGACCUGCUGUUACCCAGGAACUGGGUGGGAGCUCAGGAAGUCCUUCAGCAACAUAAAUCUUUAUUUGGACAAAGACUUGUUUUCUGCCUUAAUGAGCUGCUUUGCAAGUGCCUUAGUGAAAGAAGUCCCUGUGACCGGAAGAGCCCUGUGCCUCCCUGUUACCACAGCUGGGAGCUGAACAGAGAGGCCUCAUUUCUUGACAUGGUGAUAGAAGUGUGGCAGAACAUACUGGGCAUGGACACCACUGAACAAGCCACAUGUGCACGGGAGCAGCUGUGCAGUAUUGAGCAUCCUCCUUCUACCAGCAACACGCACCCAAAGCAGGUGCUCUUCCAUAUAUCCCAUGACCUGACCCUUGCAGCCUUGAGCUAUCACAUUGGUGCCUGGGAUGAGGCAGUGAAAAGUAUUCUUGGAGCUGUGACUCGCAGUUAUGAUGCUGGUAACUUCACUCUGAUGCAAGACAUUUGCAGUAUCAUCCUUCCUGAAGGCUGUGAUAACCUCAGACACAAAUUGGACAGCACAAAUUCUCAGAGCAUGGAUGCUUCCAGAAGUUUAGAGGCCUUUGUGGCUUAUGGACUGCUGUAUGACCUGUGGUGGAACCCACUCAAAGAUUCCCUUGUCUUGCAAAAGACCAUUUCAGAACCUGCACUGUGUCCCAGUGAGCUGACAGCUCCUGAGAAGACUUACAUUUCAGGUCAGUCCUCUUCUGAAGAAACUCGUGAUCAAACUGCAGUUGCAAUGGAUGAAAACCUCUGCAACACAACUGAAGUUCUUCAGUGUGAGAUUAAAAGUGACUCAAGAACUAGCUCAGUUGAUUUGGUAGACAGACAGUCAAAACUGAAUGGCUGCAAAGUGCUUCUUUCAGAAGAGACUGCUGCUUUACAGAACACCCAGAGAGAUAUAGCCAAGGUCCAGAAGAUUUUAGCAGAUAUGAUCCACCAGCAUCAGCAGCAGAGGAACAGUCUCCAGGAAAACAAAAAUGGAUGCACCCAGGAAACCAACCUGCAGCAGAGUACAGAAACUGAAUCAGACAAACCAUGCUCUGACAGCAGCCAGGUGAAUUGUAAAGAUGAAGUACAGGAACCAAUUACACUCCCUGAGCUAACGAAGCAGCUUCUAAAAGCAAAGCAGAAACUAGCAGAAUUUCCGGACAAUUUAAAGGUCUUCCCAUUCCCCGACGUCCUGGAGUGCUGCCUUGUUCUCCUUCACCUUGGAUCCCAGUGUCCUCCUGAACUACAGGAACAGGCAUUGGAUCUCCUCAGGAAACACGGUAGUGCCGAUAUUCACCAAAAGGCUGGCAGGAGGUUCUUGACAUGA